UGUUACACAGAAAUCAUUGAACAGUUCCGCUUACUUAGGUCCCAGUGGAGUUUAUAGGGAGAGAAAUAUCUGCUCCACAUGAAGAGGAUGCACAUUAAGUAGACAGAGAAACGCACAAUUAGUUUGUGUUUUAACGAACUGACUUAACAAGGGAAACGUUCGCGGGAGACAUAGAGCCGACUGUUAGCUACAAUUGUUAGCUAGCGGCUAACGUCGUCCCGCCUGGAAUGGCUCGCCCGAGCUCAGGAAGAAAACCGCUGCUGGGUGUUUAGUAUGAGGCUCAGCGGGGGGAGACGGCUGGAAGACAAGUGUAACAACAUAAACUGCAGGAAUAGUAAAAAGAAGAAACAGAUCAGGGGGACGGUGUACGUGAGAGCUACCCGGUGACAUUUAUUUUUCCAGAAGAAGAAGAAGAAGAUGGGAGGGAGAGUGGAGCUGCUGGAGGUCUGCUGUCUGCUGCUGCUGCUGAACGGGAACUCUGUCUGCAGAGACUCUCAGCAGACCGAACACCUCUCCUCCUAUCAGCUGACUGUCCCUCGACCAAUAGGAGGCAGGCUGAGGCGGGGUGUGGAUGGAAGACCACCUGACCAGGUCUCUUAUGUCGUCGGAGUGGAUGGAAGCGAUCACGUUGUUCACCUGGAGAGAAAUGAGCUGCUGCUUCCUGCAGACUUCACUGUGUUCACCUACAGUAGGAAUGGGUCACUGAUCACAUCCACACCACCUGUACAGAAUCACUGCCACUAUCAGGGCUUCGUUCAGGACAUGGAGGGUUCUUCUGUUGCCAUGAGCAUCUGCAGCGGCCUCAGAGGAGUGAUACAUCUCACCGAUGUCAGUUACGGUAUCGAGCCGUUAGACUCCGCCCCCGACCAACACUUGGUGUAUCGGCUACAGGAUGUGACAUCACAGCCCCGGGGGUGUGGAACGCCACAUGGCGAGCAUGACCACAGCAAUGGCACAGAGCGUGCUCAGUAUGAACCAGAGGCAGUCCAGCACAGACCGCACAGCAGGGUGAAGCGAGCUGUUCUCUAUCAGACUCACUACGUGGAGCUGCUGGUGGUGGUCGAUAACGACAGGUAUAAUUACAUGAACAGGAAUGAGACAGCAGUGAGGGAGGAGAUGGUUCAUCUGGCCAACCUCGUAGACAGUAUGUACAUUCAGUUGAACGUUCGUGUGGUCCUGGUUGGUCUGGAGAUCUGGACUCAGCAGAACCCGAUCAGCACCGAAGGAGGAGCCGGGGAAGUGCUGAGCCGGUUCACCCAGUGGAGAGAGAAGGAGCUGGUCCCCCGCCGUCGCCACGACUCAGCACAGCUCAUCCUGAAGAAGAGUUUUGGAGGAACAGCAGGGAUGGCCUUCGUUUCUACCGUCUGCUCCAGAAGUCAUGGAGGAGGGAUCAAUGCGUUCACCAACAACAAUGUUCCCUCAUUUGCGUCCAUCGUGGCUCACGAACUUGGUCACAACCUUGGAAUGAACCACGACGACGGGCGCUCCUGCACCUGCCCUGACCCCGCCUGCAUCAUGAACUCUGGAGCCACCGGAUCCAGAAACUUCAGCAGCUGUAGCUCUGAUGAUUUUGAGAAGAUGAUCUUGUUGAUGGGGGGAACGUGUCUCCUGAACGUCCCACGGCCUGAUGAGGCCUACAGCGCCCCCUACUGUGGGAACCGACUGGUGGACAUGGGAGAGGAGUGUGACUGUGGAUCACAGAAGGAGUGUGAGAAGGACCCGUGCUGUGAGUACCAGACCUGUCAACUGAAGCCUGGAGCCCAGUGCGCCUACGGAGAGUGCUGCCAACACUGCCAGUUCCUUCCAGGAGGAACAGUGUGUCGCUCCCGCAGAGGUGAGUGUGAUCUACCUGAAUACUGCAACGGCUCCUCGUCCUUCUGUCAGAGUGACGUCUUUGUCCAGAAUGGGCAGCCGUGCAGGGGCCAGCAGGCCUACUGCUACAACGGGCAGUGUCAGCACUACGACGACCAGUGUCGGGCCUUAUUUGGAGACAAGGCAAAGGCGGCUCCUGAAAUCUGUUUCAAAGACGUCAACAGUAAAGGAGAUCGCUUCGGAAACUGUGGCUACCACAACUAUGGCUUCAAGAAGUGUGAGAGCAGAAACGCUCUGUGCGGGAAACUGCAGUGCUCCAAUGUUCAGAUGGUGACAGUCUUUGGCAUCAAACCGUCGAUCAUCACCACACCGAUCGCCGGGGGCGAGUGUUUCGGAGUCGACUUCUCACUGGGAUCAGAUGUCCCUGAUCCAGGCAUGGUGAAUGAAGGAACCAAGUGUGGAGAGAACAAGGUGUGUAUGAACUUUGAGUGUCGCAGCGCUGACAUCCUGAACUACGACUGUGAUGUGGAGCAGAAAUGUCACGGACACGGGGUGUGCAACAGUAACAAGAACUGUCAUUGUGAGGACAGCUGGGCUCCACCUUCCUGUGAGGUCAAAGGUUACGGAGGCAGCGUGGACAGCGGACCUACAUGGAAUGAUAAAGACACAUCUCUCAGAGACGGCCUGUUGGUCUUCUUCUUCCUCGUUCUUCCUCUGCUCGCUCUGGGUGCGUUUGUUUUUCUGCGCAGGAACGAGUUGCUGCGUCGACUUGGGCUGGCCCGCAGGAAGAGGUCACAGGGAUACCAGGCUGACGGUACAGCUUCAGCCAAUCCCAGCAGAGGACCGCCCCCCAGAGCACAGCCCCCACCUGUUGUCCGGGGCAACAGCAACAACAUCGUCAGAGACGGGCACCACGCUCAGCUCCUGCCGCCACAGGAGGUGGUGGAGACCAGCAGGACGGCUCCAUCCUACGCCCUGAGGCCUCCUCCUCCUCUAAAACCGAAACCUUCUGCUGCAUCACAACCUCUGGUGCCUCAAAGACCCGCCCCUUCUCCACCUGUUUAACCAACCAGGAGCCCCCACCACACCUGGAUGGCAGCCCCAUUUUUCUUUUCCUCCACUUGUUCCUCUUUGACUUAACCCACCGGUCACCAUACAACAGCCAGGAAACUAUUUUGGAGCAGAGAUGGUGGACAUCUGCUGGAGGCCAGACUGUGAACCAGACCACCAGAAAACUGGUCCCAGUCAGACUAGACUGGGAACUUGGCAAAAAACAGGGGACUGAGCUGUAGCUACUGUCCUGUACAGUCUGUCUCUGCUUUCUUUCUUUGAAGUGCAAUCUGGAGAUAACAGUUGAGCUCCAUCAGGUGACACAGCGUCUGCUCUGUCACCAAACCAGCCAAUUGUAUUUCCAGAACACACACAAGCCAAAUAACUGAUAAACUUGUCAUUGCCCAGCUCUGAAAACAUGUUAGUUCUUUACGGUGCUAGGUAGCUUACAAGCAUGUUCACUGACAUGGGUUAGGGUUGGUUGGGUUAACGCUGCCAAACACCAUACUACUGUUAGCAUUACAAAACAUCCACUAUGCAGCUAGCUAGCCAGCUGUAAAAACUGUUUUAAUUUACUCUCAGUGUCUCUUACAAAUGCCAGCACAGUAAAUAUUCACUAUAUAGUUAGGUAGCCAGUCUUAACACUUGCUAGCCAACAGCAAACUUCAUGAUUAUAGUUUAGUAAUCAAUAGUGUGUCCUAAAUUUAAUACUACAAACCAAACGAGUGUAUAGCGAUCACCUAAUAGUAUCACUCAUAUUCUCAUAUUGGCGAUUACUUUACAACUGUUAGUCAUUUUUGUGACAUGCUUUUUGAAGCUCUGUAUGUUAGCAUGACAUUUAUGCAGUUUACAGUGAUUACUCUGGGAGAUUUACCAGCAUAAAUAACUUUUGAAUCACUAGGGCCUUUAAUUUUCAUCAGAAGUCGACCAACACUGCUUCUCUCAGUUUAGCUGAAGCCGUCUAGCAGCUAGCUAAGCUAACUAGCCAACACUAAUUCCAUGAAUUGGUUCGAGACCUUGGCUGAAUUUUAAAGUUUUUGACUUAAGGGUUGAAACAGAACUCUAUAAAAUUUGUUUUAGUUAUGAUGCUAAUUAUAUGAGGCUUAUUAUCAUGCUAACUCAUUGCAAUAAUAGUAUGUAAAAAGGCUGAGAAGUUCUUAACUCUGAUUGGCUGGUUUGAAGACACAAAGGUCACCAUCACAGCUGGGUGAAGUUUGCACCUGGACACUCUCUCUCUCUUUCCCCCUUUCUGUGAAUGAAAGCACUGGUGCUGUCUGAUUGCACCUCCCCUCUGCGCUGCACUGUCAUAGGAAUGUAACGCACUCCUGCUGCUGCUGUGGUCUCCACCACCUAGCUCACACAGCGCUCCAGAUUAGUAAAAUCCCAGAAUGCAAUGGCACCUGAGUGCAGAGCUCCUGUGGGUUUCAGCUCUUCUCCUCUGGAUCUGUGUGGUAUGUCGAUGUUUGUGACUGUGCUGGCUGCUGUUUCUGCAGGGAAUGUACAGUACACUCACCUCGGUCACUUUUGUCACCAAGGAACUCUCACCUGAGACGUUUCACCACUGUUAAAAUCCAUCACCUGGGAUCUUCUGUAGCUGUAGAUAGUUUGGUACAUAUUUAUUCAGCCAGUAUCCUGAAAAACCAACUUCAACUUUGUUUUCAUCCCAAAGGAAAUUUCCUUUGCAGCCAAAUGUUAAAAUGCACAACACAAACAAAAAAUAGAAGUAAAGAACAGAAAAGGGGUCAAAUUAGAUCAAGCCAAAAGUCCAGUACAAUCCAGUGGGCAGAGCUGGACACAGGAAUCUAUACAGCUCCUGUAGGUAUAACAUUCAGGAGUGCACAUCCCCACUGCAUUUAAAGGUUCAGCCUCUCAACAGCUACAGGAGUACAAGUCUGAAACAUCAUGUCUUGGUGUGGCAUGAGUUUUGGUGGCCCUCAUUGUGCUGGUAUAGCAGGUGUAAGCGUAUCAGUGUAGCAUCAACACCUCUACCUGGUCUAUAAGAAAGUUUCAGUUUGGCCCGAAGUUAUUCACAGAAUCCACAUUAAUUAUCAACAGCUAGAGGCAGAGGUCAUUAAGGAGGACGGUGCUGUAUCUCCAGCAGGCUCAGGACAAAACACAGUGAAGUUCAGUAAAGACGGGAUUUAGAUCUACUUUGUUUUAAACAACACGAUCCAUUAAAAUACGACCAGAUGAACCUGAUGUUGAUGUUCAGGAUCAGCUCGGGACAUCUCUGUUAAUGUACUGUUCAGGCUCAGUUUAACCCUUUAACUAAUGAUCCCUUUUUGUUGACCCUCUCUGACACAGUCAUGACCCUGAUCUCUUCUGAAACGGAGCUUAGUAUCAAAAAUGGAAAAUUGGUCAAAGUGACUGUGAAUCAGUUACUGUACUCAUCUGUUUUCAGAAUCAGAGUUCCUGUUAAAAUGUCAUUGUGACUUUAUCUUCAGUGAAAAACAGUUAUGAGCCACUGUGCUUUGUCAAAGCCUAGAGUUGGCAGUGAGUGAGGAUCCAACCAGACUUUGUCCAAAGUGAAGAUCCCAGGUUGAAGAUGUGAACAGUGUUGAAGUCUGGAUGUAAUCUGUUAAACCAGGAAUUUUAAUACGAUCAGUAAGCCAAACGUUUCUGUUUGUGUCUGACGGGCUUCCUCUGACUGUUAGCGUUCUUAGUCGCACACUGCAGGUAAUCAGCCUGGCUGCAUCGUCAUGUGAGGACAUCAUGUGGAUAUUUUUAACUGCUUUAGUUUAUCUUUAAUUUGUUCUCGAGUGUUUUUUCACAGAAAUGAGUGUGAACAUGAGGACUCAACUAAUAAUAACUCACAAGGCCAAUGUUGUGCCAUCCUUCUUAUGCAAAGAAUUUAUGAGCAAUCAGUGUUUCCCCCUGACUUUUAAUUGUGAGAAAAGAGAGACUGUUGAGAAUGAGGUGAUAAAGCUGAAGUCCAUGUAAUGACUCAGUAACCUGACUGUAAAGAUUAGUGGGUAAACUGCUUCAGCUGCCUCUGACUGCUCAGUUUAAAGGUCAAAUAAGUCUGCUGAUAUUCAACAUUUUUCUUAAAAUCAACAAAUCUCAUGUCCAGACUCAAGCCAACAGUGAUCGUCUCCUUUUGUGCCUGGUAUCCCUCGUCCCUCUGAGCCACAGAGCUCCCCUGUGUCCACACACCAUUAAACCCACCAGUGAUCAUGUGGCUGCACUGGCUGACAUGUUCCCUCAUCACCAUGAACACACACACUGGAGCUGACUCAGUCCCACACACACA